ACCCACGUAAAGGAGGAGACUCGCGCAUAGUGCAAGUUUACCAAGCAAUCAUAGUGCAAUUGCGGGCAAAGUGACACAUAGCAGACUGAAUGGUAAAAGGUGGUGAAUUCAGGUUUCACGAUUGCCUUCUACAGCGGAAUGUUCACUCGAAGGGGCUAUGGCGACGUCAAGAAAUCUACACAGAAAGUUCUGGACCCAAAGAAGGAUGUUUUAACGCGGCUAAAGCAUCUUCGUUCACUACUAGAUAUCACUGAGAAGAGUGAACUGAAGACAUUCUUUGAAAGCAACUGCUCACAGAUUUAUUUUAUCUUCUAUGAAAAUUUCAUUACACUGGAAAGUAACUUAAAACAAAAAGGGAACAAAUCACAACGGGAGGAGCUGGACUCUAUCCUGUUUAUUUUUGAAAAAAUUCUUCAACUUCUACCCGAAGAAAUCCGCAGUCGAUGGCAGUUUCACAGUAUAGGUUCUAUUCUCAAGAAACUUUUGCACACUGGAAACUCUUUUAAGAUUCGCUGUGAGGGGAUCCGUCUCUUCCUGCUGUGGCUGCAGGCGCUGCAGACUAACUGUGCCGAAGAGCAGCUCCUCAUCUUCGCCUGUCUGGUGCCGGGCUUCCCCGCUGUCUCCUCUUCACGAGGCCCCUGUACACUGGACACCAUCAUCUACAACCCCUUCUCCAACCCUUCUGAUGCCAAGGUCGUGCCUGAAGAGAUCACACCACUGGUGCCCGCCACUCCUGGGGAGAAAGUAGCUGAUGAUCAUACAUGCUAUGUCCUCCAAAUAGUCCUCAAGUUUAUGGUUGUCCAGGCGUCUAGUUUGGAGUGGAAGAACCGAGAUAACCAGGAUUCGGGUUUCCGGUUUCUCUUCUCCCUCUUCAAGAAGUACUACCUGCCUCACCUCUUCCCCUCUUUCACCAAGCUCACCAACCUCUACAAGCCUUUACUAGACCUGCCACACCACCGACCAAAGCCGCUGUACGUUCCGGUGACGCGGAACAAUGAGAGCACGUUCUGCACGCGCGACCAGUACCUGGCCCCUCGUGUGGCCUUCAUCACCUGGCUGGUCAACUUCUUCCUGGAGAAGAAGUACGUCAGCUCGGCCCCUCCCACCACCAAGAACGGGGGCGAGGUCCUCCCCAAGCUCAUUCAGACCGUUUCUGCGGGCAGUGUCGGUCAGGAGCGCGGCUCCAUCUCGGAGACACUGGAGUCCAACGGGCCGAUCAGCGUGGGCAGCGAGCCCGAGAAGAGCCACUCCAACAGCAGCACGCUGACGGAGCGACGGGCCAGCAGCUCCAGCCUGUGCAGCGUGGACGAGGAGCACCGCGGCGUCUACGACAUGGUGCACUGCAUCCUGCUGUCCACGCGCGACAACGUCAACUUCGUCAACGAGGUCUUCCACCAGGCCUUCCUGCUACCGUCAUGUGAGGUCUCUGCCAUCCGCAAGGUAAUCAAGGUGUACAGGAAAUGGAUCCUGCAGGAGAAGCCGGCCUUCAUGACGGAGCCAGACAAGACUGUCCAGGAGGACGAGACGGACAUGAGCCCCAUCAUGACGGAGACGGAAAUCACCCACACACAGAUUUUGGAAAGCCAUGGACACAAGCGCUCGUCCAGCUGGGGCCGCUCCUACUCCUUCAGCAGCGCCAUCAACCGCGGCUCCCUGACCGAGGAGCUCAACCACAACAUCAAGGCUGGCAUCCAGCCCACGUUACAGGUGUUUCUGACUAACUCGGCGAAUGUGUUUCUGCUGGAGCCGUGCCACGACGUGCCCAAACUGCUGGACAACCAGGUGGAGGUGUGCCGAGCCGUGCUCAGCAUCUACCGCCACAUGAUCAUGGAGCUGAGCAUGAACAAGGAGACGUGGGAGCAGAUGUUGCAGGUGCUGCUGCGGAUCACUGAAGCUGUGAUGAAGAGGCCUCAGGAGGGGGAGAAGAAGGACGUCUUCGCUCAGAACCUCGCUGGCGUUCUCUUCAGGACCAUCAUCGUGGCCUGGGUGCGGGCUAACCUGAGCGUGUUCAUCUCGCGGGAGCUCUGGGACGAGCUGUUGCGUGUGCUGUCCUCGCUCAGCCACUGGGAGGAGCUGGUGAGCGAGUGGGCCAGCAUCAUGGACUCCUUGACCGUGGUGCUGGCCCGCUGCGUCUACGGCCUAGAUCUCAACAACCUCCCCCUGGACAAGCUCUCUGAGCAAAAGGAGAAGAAACAGCGGGGCAGAGGGGUGAUGCAGGAUGCCCAGAAGGCUGCGGUGGCGGCGGUGGCCCGCUCCUUCUCCCUGAGCUGGAGGAACCAGGGGGAUCAGCCCGCCGCCCAGGAGCCCAUGAGGUUCCGCAGCGCCACCACCACCGGAGCACCUGGCGUGGAGAAGGCCCGCAACAACGUCCGUCAGAAGGCCUCGGCCAAGCGAAGCCAGUCUAUCAGCAACUGUGUCCACCUUUACGAGGCUUUGCCCACUACUAAAAGUGUUCCUAUGCUCCUCCACACUGUCAGCUCUUUCUUGCCUGGUAUCACUUCCAACUCUCUCUCUCACAGGCUCUCAGACCUUGAGGAGUGCCAGGUGGCGGAGAGUGGGGGGGAGGGCGAGGGGGAGCCGGAGAGCCCUCUCCUGCGUAGCAGCAGUACGUCGGACAUCACGCAGCAGCUCACCGACUCCUUCCCAGGUCAGCGGAGAGAGGACUCCCCUAACAUGGGUAGCGCUGACGGCAGGACCUCCGUGUCGGAGAGUGGCUCCACGGGCAGGAGGGACAGCGGCCCUCCCGCCAUUCUGAUUCGUCGGAGCAGCAGUCCAUCUGAUCAAGAGCACUCAGAAACGCAGCCUUCCUAUAUGAGGACUAAACUCCGGGAAAAAAGCGAGAGCAUGAGCAGCGAGACGUCCAACGGCUAUCUCAACGAUGCCGACGCCAGCCUGCUGGCCUGGCAGGCCUUCGAGGAGGAGCCGCCGGACUCUCCUCCGCCCAACGACCUGAACUCAGACACAGACCACCAGCGCAGCCUCCUUCUCAGCCACACGGAGGCGCUAGCAGGUUCCGAGUGCCCCCCUCCCCCCCAUUCCCCACGUCCCCCCGCCUCACCGGCUUUGCUGGUGCCCACCGGUUACCGUGAUGGCACUCAGCUGCUGGAAGACGCCAUGCAAACCGUCCUGCACAUGCCAGAGGACCUGGACAGCAGUGAGUUCUUGGCGGACGACGUCAGCAUCAUCGCGGGUGGCAGUCUGACGGGCUGGCAUGCGGACUCUGCCUUCGUCCUCUGGAGGAGGAUCCUGGGAAUCCUCGGGGAUGUCAAUGCCAUCCAGUGUCCCCGCAUCCACGCUAAGGUGUUCAGCUACCUCUACGAUCUUUGGCACAAGUUGGCAAAGAUUAGAGACAACCUGGGCAUCAGCGUGGACAAUCAGUCUUCUCUCCCUCAGCCUGUCUUCAUCCCCCCUCUCCGCAUGCUCGCCUCCUGGCUCUUUAAGGCCACCAUGUUGCCAUCGGAGUUCAAGGAGGGGAAACUGCAGGCCUACAGACUCAUCUGUGAGUUGAUGACCAAACACCAGGACGUGAUGCCCAACAGAGAGUUCCUGGUGCACCUCUACGAUGUCAUGCACAAGGGCUUCAACAGCAAUGACCAGGAUGUGCUGAACACUGUGAUCAGGUGGUGCUCUCCACGCUUCUUCUUUCUGGGUCUGCCAGGCUUCACCAUGCUGGUGGGCGACUUCAUCACGGCCGCCGCCCGUGUCCUCAGCACCGACUCGUUUGAGGCUCCUCGGAUUGAAGCGCAGACAGUCCUGGGCUCGCUGGUGUGCUUCCCCAACCUCUACCGACAGAUACCCUCGCUCAUGUCCACACCGGGGUCAGAUGAUCUAGAGGUCGGCAAGGAGGACAUUAAGGAGUUUUUGGUGAAUGUGUUGCUGACAACUGCACGCAGUGAGCUGAGCGAAGGAGCCAGGUGUAUUGCAAUUUGUAGCCUGGGGAUUUGGGUGUGUGAAGAGCUCGUACAACAGAACAUCCCCCAUCAGGUCAAAGAUGCCAUCAACGUCCUCGGAGUCACACUAAAGUUUGCGAAUAAAGCGGUGGCCCAGGUGGCCUGCGACGUGUUCCAGCUGUUCAUCAGCCACUGGCAACAUCUCCAGAGACUGGAGGAGUCACUCCCAAAGAGAAUCAUCGAGAUCUUUGUGGCCACCAUAGCUUUCCUCCUACCCAGUGCAGAGCAUUCAACAGUGGAGGCAGACAAAAAGUUGAUGGUGGCUUUGCUGUUGUGCCUGCUGGACUGGUGUAUGGCUGUCCCUCUUGUCACUCUGUUGGAGCCCAUCACCAUGCCUGUCCUGGAUGACCCCGCAUCCCAGAAGACCCCUCUGCUGGAUUACAUCUACAGGGUGCUACAUUGCUGUGUCUCGGGGUCCAAUCUUCACACCCAGCAAAGCCACUACCUCCUCAGCCUGGCUGAUCUGUCCACGGAUUACGACCCCUUCCUCUCCCUGGGUCAGGUGAGGAGCAUGGACACCCCGCCAGCGCACUCCGCUGCUGGAGACUUCGGCAACUUGCUCACCGUGGCUGAAGAGAAGAAGAGGCGAAACAUGGAACUGAUCCCACUGACUGCCCGAAUGAUCAUGACGCACCUUGUGAACCACUUGGGCCACCAUCCGCUCAGUGGUGGCCCUGCACUAUUACACAGCCUCAUCAAUGAAAACCAUGACAACCCCUACGUGGAAUCCUCUGAACUGUCAUCUGAGGUUUUCAAGAGCCCAAACCUGCAGCUCUUUGUUUUCAAUGACAGCACGUUAGUGUCAUACCUACAGAUACCCUCUGAAAGCUCAUCCACAGUGCCUGGCAUCAACAGUCACCCAAGGGACCACUCUGCACCCUCCUCUGAAGUCCGUGUCAUUGUGCGUGACAUAUCAGGAAAGUACUCUUGGGAUGGUGGGGUCCUCUACCGAACUUUUGAGGGACACGUCCCACACAGUGGCGGAGCUAAUCCUGCUGACCACGCCAACAUCUCUCCGCUUCCUACAAAACAGACCUCGGAGGGGGAACCUUCCCCUUGGGCGUCUGAGAUUGGGGAUGAGGAGGAUGAAGAUGAAGGCGUGGACGUGUUGGACCAGCUCCUGGAGGAGCUUGGCCAUAGCAGCCCCGAGUGCCUACCCCAGCCUCGGCUAAAGCUCACCCAGCCCGCGCCCUCGCCCCUGGGCAUGAACCUGGAACAAGAGGCUUUGAUCAUGGAGGCUAUUCAGCGGCAGGCGUUACAGGAGGAAGAGGAGCUGGCCAGAAGAAAAUGUGGAGACCCCAGCAUCAGGGCUGCCCGUCAGAAAGAGCCUACAUACCAGGAGCCCAAAGCUCCCUUUUAUUUCUGCAGACUGCUACUGAAUGACCUUGGCAUGAACUCCUGGGACCGCAGGAAAAGCUUUCAUCUCCUGAAGAAGAACUCCAAGCUCUUAAGGGAACUUAAGAAUUUGGAUUCAAGGCAGUGUCGAGAGACACACAAGAUUGCCGUCUUCUACAUCGGUGAAGGACAAGAGGACAAGUGCUCGAUACUGUCCAAUAAUGAGGGCAGCCAGGCGUACGAGGACUUUGUGUCUGGACUGGGAUGGGAGGUGGACCUGGCGACACACUGUGGUUUCAUGGGGGGCCUCCAGCGGAAUGGCAGCACGGGUCAGACGGCACCCUACUACGCUACCUCCAACGUGGAGGUCAUCUUCCACGUCUCCACCCGCAUGCCGUCUGACAACGAGGACUCGCUCACCAAAAAGCUUCGUCACCUGGGAAACGACGAGGUCCACAUUGUAUGGUCUGAGCAUACUAGGGACUACCGGCGUGGAAUCAUCCCCACCGACUUUGGAGACGUGCUCAUCGUCAUCUACCCAAUGAAGAACCACAUGUUCUUCAUCCAGAUUAUCAAGAAACCACAGAUUCCGUUUUUCGGGCCUCUGUUUGAUGGUGCCAUCGUCACGGGAACGCUGCUGCCCAGCCUGGUUCGUGCCACAUGCAUCAACGGCAGCCGAGCAGUGAAGUCCAGACUCAUGCUCUACCAGAGCUUCUAUGAGGAGCGGGCACUGUAUCUUGAGGCUAUCAUCCAGAACCAUCGUGAAGUCAUGACCUUUGAGGACUUUGCCUCCCAGGUGUUCUCCCCAUCGCCUAUGUACUAUACAAUGAGUACCACAGGAUCCCUGAGUGGCAGCACCAGUGCCGAGCUGCCCGUCUCCACGGCGACCACCACGGCCACCGACUCCACCGACCAGGUCUCCCCGACGAUACCCCGCGCCACGAAGCACCGAGUGUCCGGCAAGCUCCGUCGCUCCGCCAGCGCCAUCAGCAAGUCCUCCAACUGAGCCCAGUCUGUCCCGAACUCACCCACACCCCCAUGACCACCCCCCGUCAGUGUCCUGCCAAUGACCUCAACCAUCAUCAAGGCUGCAAUGUUCAGUUUUAGUGUGAAAAUAUUGAUAAUGUGUUCUACUUUGUUUUGUUCUAUUUUAUUUUUUUGUUUAUUUGUUUUGUUCUUGUUUUGUUUUUUCUUGUUGUUCUACACUGGUCGCAAGUAACUGGAAAUGAUGAAUGGUUUAAGCUGUUGUGGACUUCUGGUACCCGUGGGUAGACGAGGUUUUACUGCUAUCACACUAAUGUGAGUGGAUUGAGAGGAGCAUGUUAAAGAGACAUCUUUUUUUUUUUAUUCAGAUAACAUAAACGAUGAUGAUAAAUUGAAAUACUGCAAACUAAUCAUGAAAGAGAAAGAAUAUACGGGGAGAACUAUGGGAAAAUCUGAUUGGUACCAGUGUGUGUGUGUGUGUGUGUGUGUGUGUGUGUUCUGAAUAUGAAUGUGUCUCUGAGCAAGAUAAUACUUGGCCGACAUACCAGGAAUUGAAUUGAUCUAUGUAGGUCACCAAAACUGUCCCUGUUAAUAUUGGGGUGAACUUAAAUUAUUUUGCAAUGGGCCAAUGCAGAUGUUGCCAGCUUUAUGAAAUGGUCAUCAUGUAGCAUGACUUGUGUAAUUAUCCAGGUCUUCUGGAAAGUCAAUGAAGUUGUCCAGCUCAAUGCUAAAGUCUACCACAGAGGGGAAAUCACUAAUUAACUGAAAUUAAUCUUGUUUCAGUUUAUGCUGUCAUUUACUAUUUUAGUUAAGUUACAUUAAUUGUUAUCACUUUUUAUCACAAUUUUCGCUGCCAAUUUCAUGCUUUUUUUUGCUGCAAGGAAAAAUAUUAUGAGAACUUUUUGUGUGGAGUUACGAAGGAAAUCUUUGUUCAAAAUGUACAUUUAAAUUAUGUAUACUUAUCUAUUCCAUUGUCUCAUGUGAUAUCUGCUCGACAUUCCAAUGUUUUCAGAGGUGUGGACAAUAAUGUAGGAUAUACAAGAUGUCUGUCCUUACCUGUGUAUUCUCUCCUCUCAAAUGUACAUUGCUUUAAAUUUUAUCUGAUGAUUUUUAUUAUUUGUUUCUUGUUGUACAUACAUAGAGUAAUAUUUGCAGACAUUAUUGCCAUUUAAUAGAUGUACAUGAGCUGACUAGAAGUAAUUGCCACUGGAGCCUCAGGUGAUACUUAACUCCGUGCGUGCACUGGUGUGUGUGUGUGUGUGUGUGUGUGUGUGUGUGUGUGUGUGUGUGUGUGCGUGCGUGCGUGCGUGCGCGUGCGUGCGUGCGCGUGCGUGCGUUGUUUGUCUGUAUGUUUGUCUGUGUGUGUGAGAGAGAGAGAGACGGACCUUGCCAGAGUAAAUGUGUAAUACCUGUCCACCCCAAUGCCUCCUGCACUGUCGUUCAUUCAGCUCUUCAGCAGAGGCCAUUUUAUUUUACCCCUUUAUUAAAUCCAUACACUUGACCAGCGCACGCAGAGAGCUGGCUCUGAAGGUCAUUCUCAUACCUCUCAUCUUUGUAAAUUAGAGAGAGAGAAAGAGAUGUGAAACAGAAAGCUAAAAUGAGCUUCUUUUUUCCCAACAAAGGCCCCCUCUGCUCUGCAGCUACUUGUGAUCUCUACAAACAUUUCCUGCGAGCAGAUGGAGUGGCUUUUGGAAUGCCCCUUGCGUUUUUCCAGGAGUCUCUCCAUUCGGAUUUGAUGCUGAAUUGGAAUGAAAGCACACCUGCUCCACGUCGCUGCACACGCCCCUCUCCCGAUGCCCUUACCAUGCCAACAGGGGGGUCGGAGGACAUGCCAGCGCUGAGCUCUCUGUGUCCUCCUAGCAACCGGCACGCUGGCGCUGCCAGUGGAUCCCCCCCCCCCACCACCACCCCACCCCUACACACAUGCACACGCGCACACACACACACACACCUACUCCCCCCAGUGACCCAAGCCAGCAGGGAGGUUGUCAUGGUGGCCAGGUGUUACACACUGUAAGCUCCACCCGAGCUGCAACACCACACAUGUUGCACUAAUAUAUAUGCCUUACCUAAUCAUCUGUUCUUUCUGUUGGUGGUGAUGUGUGUGUGUUUUUUUUGUUUUUUUUAUCUUUGCCUCUUCUGUCAUGUUUCGUGUUUUGCUGUGUCCAUUUUCCAUGUGUCCAAGCACUGAUAAAUCACAUAGGAGGCAUGCUCUAUAUGUCCGAUUUAAAGGAAGAUUUCUUUUGUUGUUGAUGUUUUUGAUGUUGUUGUUCGUUUGAGGAAUGUAUGCAAAUAAUGAACCCAGAUCAGUCCGACAUUUCACCCACCUUGCAGCAGCCACUCAGAAGGCCACACUCUUCUUAUUGCCGGCCGAUGUUCCUACUGAGUCUUGAUGUGAACUUUCAAGAAGUCUGACAGGUUUGGAUCAUGGUGGAGGUGGUGGUUGUUAAAGGUGACUCGGUCCAGACCUGGGAAGUGUCUUAACUCCAACUGGCUUUACUUAUGUGAAGUGACAGAGCUAGUGUUCAUUGUUGAUAUUUGGACUAGGAACCCUGUACAGCGUGUCUUUUGGGAGGGUUGUCAUCCUAAAGGAUAUAAAUAUAUUAAUGCUUGUAAUAUAAUCUUUGUAAAAGAGGGAGUGGGGGGGGGAGUUGAAGAUUUCAUCAUCACUUGUUAACAUAUCAAACUUUUUAAUGAGGAAAAAAAAUCUUGUUCUCUUUAUUAGAAAUGUGAAAAUUUCAAACAUUUCAUUAAAUCAAUUUGAAAUUCA